CGGGGGUCCAGAGGGAUGGUACAUGUGCGCCGACAGCUCAAACGGAGGAUACGGUCAAACCAGCGACUUCCAAACACCUGUUAUGACCUCCAACGGACCACAAUGCAUUCUGGUCUUCUGGUACCACAUGAGCGGGUUCACCGUGGGAUCUCUGCAGGUGCUGCUGAAGUACGGAAACUCCACUCAUGAGGUCUGGUCUCAGUCUGGGAACCAGGGGAACAAAUGGAGACGAGGAGAAAUGUUUAUAGGCAUUGCAAACAACUUCCAGGUGGUGUUCAGGGCGAAGCGAGGAAUCAGCUAUAUGGGCGACGUGGUGAUCGAUGAUGUCACCUUCCUGCACUGCGUCCCCCCCCCCUCCUCAGGUGACCCCUGCACACCUGAGCAGUUCACCUGCAGGAACCAGAACUGCAUCUCCCAGGAUCAGCUGUGUGACUUCAUCGAUCACUGCGGGGACCAAUCAGACGAGGAGCCCUACAUCUGCCAAGGUUUCAGUUCUCGCUGCAGCUUUGAGUUCGAUCUGUGUUCGUGGCGUCAGAGUGGAAUGGAUGAUUUUGAUUGGCUGAUCAAAGCGGGCAGCACUCUUACAGGCGGCACGGGGCCAAUCAGUGACCACACCCUCAGAGACCCCUCCGGACACUACCUGUACCUGGAGGGCUCUUUCCCGCAGGCAGCAGGACAGUCCGCCCGAAUCUCAGGACCCCUGCUGAGCCGCCGCAGCGAACACUGCCAGGUGCGUUUCUUUGUGCACAUGUCAGGAGAAGGCAUCGGGACCCUCAGUGUGUUCAGAGGAGGUGAAGCACGAGGGUUUGAUCUGCUGGUGAACCUGACGGGGGAUCAGGGUCACGCCUGGCAGAGGAUGGAGGUCCAGCUGAGCCGCCAGGAAGAAGACUUCCAGGUGGUGUUUGAGGGCAAAGUGGGGAAAAACCCAAAGGGAGACAUCUGCCUGGACGACAUCAGCUUCUCCUCAGGGUGUCUGCUCGCUUCAGAAGAAGAAGAAGACAACACUCUUCCUCCUGCAGGCUCCUGUCCUCCAGGUUUCUUUCUGUGUGAAAAUGGCGGUUGCUUCUCUACGGCUCAGAGCUGUGAUUUCACGGAUGAUUGUGGCGACGGCUCUGAUGAAAUGCAUUGUGGGACUUCCUGCACCUUUGAGCACGGACGCUGUGGCUGGAAGAGCUCCGUGGCCGACAAUUUUGAUUGGACGCUGGGGAGGGGGUCUUUGAAAAGCAUCCGGCCGCCGAACGAUCACACGCUGAGCGACGAACGAGGUCAUUUCAUCUACCUGGAGGCCACACCUGUCGGCCUGAAAGGAGACAAAGCUCACAUCCGCAGCUCCGUUUGGAAACAGUCCGGCGCCAUCUGCAAGCUCUCCUUCUGGUACUACAUUUCCCACAAGGCACUGGGAACCAUCUGCCUGCUGAUCAAGACGGAGAACGAUCUGUGGGAGGCGUGGAACAAAUCGGGGCAUCAAGGGAACAAGUGGAACCGAGCUGAGGUUCCUCUGAGGAACCUGAGGAACUUCCAGGUGAUUUUUGAAGGGAUUCGAUCCAUGGACGUGAUCGGAGGAGCUUCACUGGACGACCUGGAGUUUAGAAACUGUUCCCCAAACGCUGUGCAGCCCCCCAGUUGUCCUGCCCUCUCAGACUUUGUGUGUGACAGUGGACACUGCAUCGAGUCUCACCUGGAGUGUGACAGCAAGGACGACUGUGCCGAUGGAUCGGAUGAGAAACACUGCGGCGUCUGUGACUUCAGCAUGGGAGCAGCGUGGUGGGAACACAGCUGUGGGUUGGACCAGGACUCUGAGGAUGAUUUUGAUUGGUCGAUCGGUCGUCACAGUGAGACUCCAGGAGCCGGACCUCAGAGUGACCACAGUCCAGGUGGUGAUGGGAGCUUCCUGUACAUCCACUCAGCCUAUCAGAGGGAAGGAGACGUUGCCAAGGUGACGACCAGCCGUCCGUUUCCCGCCAGCGUCGGAUUGUGUCGUGUUCGAUUCUGGUUCUUCAUGCACGGAUCAGACAGGAUGGGAACGCUGAAGGUCUUCACUUCUGGUCCCAGUGGCUCCAGCCUGCUGAUGUGGGCGGCUGCUGGUAACCAUGGAAACCAGUGGAGCUACGCUAACGUUAUCCUCUCCAACCCAGCAGAGUUCACAGUCUCUUUCCAGGCGGAGGUGGGGGGGGACAUGUGGACGGACAUCGCUCUAGACGACCUCUCUUUCACCACAGAGUGCACAGCAGGAGGUCCGGUGACCCCCCAGCCCUCGACCUGUUCUGGGGACCAGUACCAGUGCUUGUUCUCCCCUCAGUGCAUCCCAGAGAGCUGGAGGUGUGAUGGAGAGCUGGACUGUGGGGAUCAGUCUGAUGAAGACGAGUGUCCGGCGGUGGUUCCCGGCACUCUUCCUCCUCAGGGUCAGUGUGAAGACGGACAGUUCCAGUGUUUAAACGCUGUGUGUCUGCCGUCCGUCCUGCGCUGUGACGGCGUCUCCGACUGUCCACACGGAGAGGACGAGAACAGCUGCCCGGUGCUGCAGUGCAUGCUGGGAGAGCUGCAGUGUGAGACUGGUUCUGGUUGUAUUCCUUUCCAGAAACGCUGUGAUGGAUCUGCAGACUGUCAGCCGUUCCUCUCUGAUGAGUCCAGCUGCCACGAAUGUCCCCCUCUGUUCUGCCUGGAUCACGGCUCCUGCUCCGUGUGGGGAAACGGACCUGUUUGCAUGUGUUUUCCAGGCUGGACAGGAAACCGCUGCCAUGUGAAGGAGAAACCGGUGUUAUCUACCGUGACUCCUGAACCAGAGGACACCCAGCUGGUCUCUGUUUAUGUUGGCAUCGGCAUCGGGCUGCUGCUGCUCGUCGCUGGAUUCUCCGUCUGCACGCUGGUUUACCUCAAGAAAAGAUGCUGCCUAACAAAGCCAAAGAACUACGGCGUGAUGGAUAACGAAAGCUGUGAUUGGAGAGCAGAGCUCUCGUGCCAUGAUAGAUCCAGUUGUUGUCCAGGAGUUAAUAUCCCCAGCAGAAGGGACAUUCGGGGGCUUUCCAUCAGCGUUUACCCCUGGAGGAAGGAGGUGGAGGUGGAGCAGGGUUCCUCUAAGCUGUCCUUCGCCAACCCGCUGUACGAUCACCCUCCUGAGGGCAAGAGCUCUAAAGCAUAACAACAAAAGGACUUUAUAAGACACUGCAGAGGAUCCGGGUCCAUUGAGUUUAUCUUGAACCUGCUGAAGAAGAAUGUGAAUCCUGCUGCAUUGCUUUUGCUGAUUUACAACACAAUUAUUCAUUAAUAGUGUGAAAGAGUGUGAAAAUAAAAA